AUGAAUUGGUACGUGAUAAAGGUGAUUAGUGGGCAAGAGAAUAAAAUCAAGAUGUAUAUCGAAAACGAGAUGCAUCGUUUUGGUCUUUCUCAGCACUUAGGUCAAAUUGCCAUUCCCAUGGAAAAAGUGGUUCAAGUGAGAGACGGCAAGAAAAUCGUUAAAGACAAAGUUCACUAUCCAGGCUAUGUUAUGAUUGAAACCGAUCUUCAGGGGGAGGUUCCUCAUAUUAUAAAAAAUAUUAUUGGAGUGAUUGGAUUUUUGAGUGAAACCAAAGGAGGUGACCCUGUUCCCAUGCGUCAAUCGGAGAUAAACCGCAUGCUAGGAAAGGUAACCGAAUUGUCCAAUAGUGUAGAGAUGGCUCAGAUUCCUUAUAAAGUGGGCGAAUCCAUUAAAGUGGUCGAUGGACCGUUUAAUGGGUUUAAUGGGGUGAUAGACUCCAUCAAUGAGGAGAAACGCAAACUGCAAGUCAUGGUGCUUAUCUUUGGUCGUAAAACACCAUUGGAGCUAAAUUACAUGCAAGUGAGCAAAAUAGUGUAG